AUGGCCCAAACUAACCUUCCAACGCGGCUUCAAGUAGGUGAGAAAACAGUAAAUAUCCAACAGCGACUUGGUAACGGCGCUUUUGGUGUCGUCUACAAAGUGAUAGAAGAAAGAACUUCCAAAGUGUACGCUAUGAAAGAUAUCCUUUGUUUGAAUAGUUCAGCCAUUCGUAACGCCAUCCGCGAAGCUUCAACACUAAACAGAAUCUCUCAUGAAAAUGUUAUUGCGAUCGUGAGUGUAGGCCAGUUUGACGAUGGUGGAGGUUUGCACAUGUUGCUUUUGACCGAGUAUUGCCCCGGCGGAAGCUUAAAUGAUCGCCUUGCUCGACCAAGCAGCGACCGACAAAAUCUGAAGUGGAUGAUUCAAACCGCCGAUGCUGUUGCCCACCUUCACUCGUGCAACGUAGUCCACCGCGAUCUGAAGGCAGAUAAUGUGCUCUUGACUGCAUCAGAAGAUGUCAAAUUGGGCGACUUUGGCCUUGCUCGUGAGUAUAUCGCACUAAAACGAGCUGACGUGCAACUGUAUGACGGCUCGUGGCUGACUACUUACACGAAAUACUUCAUGCAAUCGGGAAUAGGUCCAAUCCACUGGGUGGCUCCAGAAUUUUUCCGCGGCCAUUACACAGAAAAGGCCGACGAUUUCUCUCUCGGAACGCUCCUCUUUGCAAUACUCGAGCGGGAUUACAUCGCGAUCGGCGGGAAAGCCAUUUAUGGGGCCUUCGUAAAUAUUCGUGGUGCAGGAAAGAUUGGCGUCGGCUAUGCGAUGGAGAAUUUUGAUAGGAAUAUACGAAUUCAAUUCUCAAGUCACGCUCAAGGAUCAAACGCUCUACAAAGAAACGUUCUUGAGUUGCUAAAAUACAACCCGCGUGAUCGGCAGAGCGCUCGAGAGAUCUGCAACUCUCUGAGGGUUAUUCAAGAGUGUAUAAGACCUGGAGAGCCUUCGACUGAUUCGACUAACGCUGGCUCGUGCUGCUAA